UCUGAAUUCCCAAGAGUCCCCACAAGCUGGGCUUCAGACUCUUCGCACUCGGCUCCCUCUCCUCUCCCUCCUCUCCCACAGGUGAGCACCAGCGUCGUCCUGAACGUCAUCUGCGCACUCUUGUCCCUUGGCGGGAUCCUCAUUCUCAUUGUGGAUCUGUGCACUGACUAUAAGAUGGUAGAUGUAAAGACAAUUUUUGGUGGUCUGCUCCCCUUCGCCCUCCUGGAGUUCAUCCUCACUUGUGUGGUCUCAUAUUUUGGGUGCCAGGCCACCUGCUGCAGACAAUUUGAGAAUGCAACAGGGAUUCCAGCCAUAUUCAGUUUCAACCCAUCCAGUACUACCACCACCGGCCCUGUCAAUGCUACCACCAGCCCUGUCAAUGCUACCACUGUUCCUGUCAAUGCUACCACCAGCCCUGUCAAUGCUACCACUGUUCCUGUCAAUGCUACCACCAGCCCUGUCAAUGCCACCACUGUUUCUGUCAAUGCAACCACCAGCCCUGUCAAUGUGACCACUGGCCCUGUUAACACCACCACUGGCCCUGCCAACACUACCACCAAUUCUGUCAAUGCUAUCUACACCAACAUUGUACCCCUGAACCCUCAUAUCAAGAAAUAACUGAUUUGCCCAAAGCUAGAUGACAUAGGAUGCCUGUCUUAAUGACAAGAGGAUGCACUGCAGCAGUAUCUUUCCUCCUCCCUGAAACUUCCAUGCCCAUGACCCUACCCUUGCUGCCAGACUGAAAUGAACAAGCAUUUCCUCUCCUCUUCACCCCUAACCUUCAUUUUUGUUAUUGAUGCCUUUUUUUUAAUUUAUAAAUAAUUUUCCUUUGGUUCUUGGUAUCUUCUAACCUUGGUGAAGUGCAGGGUGCAUUUUUGUUCCAUGGUUCCUGAUGUGUGCUCACCGCUAAAAAACCAGUUCUAAACCAGUGCCUCAGCCAUGGAAUUCUUGUAGGUCCAACUUCUGCCCAGUCCCCGGCUCUAACUGUGACACAGUUCUCCCCCACAGAAAAGGCGGAGCAAUGUAGAGUGUGUUCAGUAUUCCCUGGUGUGGGAGUAGAGGAAAACCUUUGUGACCUAGAGUUAGGUAAAGAGUUUUUAAAUAAGACACCAAAAAUACAAUUAGCAAAGGGAAAGAAAAAUCAGUACGUUGAACUUAGAAUUAAAAACAGUUGCUUUUACUCCAAGAAUGUUAUGAAGAAAAAGAAAAAAAAAAAAAAAAAAAACAGUUGCUUUGUGAAAGAUCUUGCUAAGAUAAAAAGUCAUAGCCUAGGAGAAAAUAUUUGCAAAUCAUAUAUCUGACAAAGGACACAUUUCCACAAUAUAUAAAGAGCUGUCUAAACUCAACAGUAUGAAAACAAUCUAAUUACAAAUUAGACAAAAGGCUUGAACAGAAGCUCUGACAAAGAGACUAUAGGAUUGCAAAUAAGCAUAUGAAAAGAUGUUCAUUGUCAUUAGCCAGUGCAGUGAAACACCACUACACACCUAUUAGAAUGGCUGAAAUAAAAAAUACUGAUAAUACCAAGUGCUGGUGAAAACACAGAGCAACUGGAGGUCUCAGAUGUUAUUAGAAUAUCAAUGGCAUUGCUACUCUGGAAAACAACUUGGCUGAUCAUUAUAAAGCAAAGUAUACACUGACCAUAUGACUCAGCAAUCUCACCCCUGGGUAUUUAUCUCAGAGAAAAUAAAACUUACUUUGACAC